CUUCUUUGGCCGGUUCACUACUUACGUCAUAUAAAUAACUGUUCCUAGAUCACAGGUUUAUCAUAUGGCCAUCUAACUUGUCUGAAAUGAUAUAUGUUGCUGCAGAAGCAUUUUACCUUCACUUUACCUUCACUCGACUUAAAUGGCAUCGAAUUAACACAACAUUUUCAUCAGUGGAGCUCCAGCCAACGUCGACCGUGCCAUCCAUAGGGUGCCAUAUUUUAUAUCUCCAUUUCAAUAACUCUCAAACGAAUACCAGCUACGAUGUCACCAAGUAAAGUUUCAAAUAAGACCCGUCUUCAGAGGUUCAGAGCUUCUUGUGAUGGAUGCUUCUUCGCAAAGGUUAAAUGCAGUAAAACUAGGCCGAUAUGUUCUCGCUGCCUCACGUGCGGAACAGAUUGUAAAUACAGUCCAUCGUUGAGGACCGGCAAACCAAGUACAGAUAGGAGAAUCAGCAACUCCAACAUCAAUACCAGUGCUGUUGCCGACCGAAAUACGAACGUCGACGAGGCCGCGCAUUCCCGCUUUGCGUUUGACUCUCAAGCUAUGCCCAUAGCUACCGAUAAAAAGAAUAUUUCAUUAGGGUCAGCGAAUGGAAAUAGAAAGCAAUUAUCUUCGGCAAACACAACUGCAUCCCAUCGCAACGACGCUUUGUUUGAUGCUUACGAUUUGGGACUGCCUCCUAGCACUACCGAGUUGUUUGACCCCUCGCUCCCUUGGACGCCAAUAUCGCAGAUCGAGUUUGACAAUCCGGUCGUCCAAAACGAUCAAGGGACAAUGAUGUCUUGCCCGAAAUAUUUAGGUGCUGUACCACAGCUGAAUUUAAUCUCGCCAUGGUCCGAUAGUCAGUCGUCAAAUUUACCAUUCCAUCCCCGCACGAAUGCAGAACUUCCAUCGCCAAAUUCAUCGCUCGAUGCCAACUCUCCACCUGAUUGCCGAACCAAUGCUAAGAUAUCCUCGCCAUCCUGCAACUGCUUUACGACCUGCCUUCAAUCUCUUCAAGCUCUUCACAAUCACUCCAGCACCACUCGAUUAGCGUCAGCGUUUGACAUGGCCUUGACCAUCAAUCGAAAAGCUGUAGAAGGAUGUGCCAGUAUGUUGGCUUGCAGAGAAUGUGUUUCCAAAUCGGGAUCCAAUACCACUACCAUGCUCCUUGCCACCAUAAUGGAGAAAAUCUUGUCAUUUUACCAGGUAGCGUUGCAGGGUGGGUUCGGUGGUACGACUGGAGCAGACUCACAAAUGCCUAUCGGCAGUUAUCGCGUUGCUAACGAAGAUGGUCGUUGGCUCAGUAAUGAAAUUUUAUGGCGCGAACUCCGGAAACUGGAAGAACUCUUUGGGCGUUUCCGCGAAGUUUGCGGACGCAAUGAAAGGGAUAGGGAUGCUGGCAUUUGUUCUACUUUGUUGGGUCACUUAUCAAAAAACCUUAACAUCGCAUAUGAAGAACUGAGAAUGGGCAAACAGCGUAUGACGUCUGGAAUAGCCGAUUCAAUAUUCUGGCCGACGGAAGGAUGUUAAAUAUGUGCGACAAUGAAUGCUUAUGACGCGCGUGUCAUAAGCAUAAAUUUAGAGGACGGGA